AUGUCGUUUGAUUCGAUAUGUUCCGGUGGGAUGGGUAUCUUCCCUCGUCGAGCGCAUACAAUCACCGCUCCAGAAGAAGCACAUAAUUAUAUGGUUACGGUCUACAUGCACUGCUUCGAUCCAGAAGAUCAUAAUGAUCGUGUAUGUAUUGAUCUACACAAACGAGCCACAACCGAAGAGCUAAUCGAUAGAGUUAUUUCUAUGCGUCCUGAUCUAAAUGGACAAUCCAGCGAUGAUUACGAUAUUUUCGAAAUGAUGGUGACACCGGACGGGCAAGCGUCCAAGGAGCGACGACUUGAUCGUGGCGAAUAUCCAGUGGCUGCUCAGUUGAUUUGGGCACGAAUGCCUGGAAGCGAUCAUACCGCCAGCAAUUACCGAUUUGUUUUUAGACGUAAAGGAGCAAUAGCUAGCUCAUCGUAUACUCGAUUCGGUUCAGCUGAAGCGACAAGUACCAUCGAUACGUUCCUGUCGCAAUUCCUACAACAACCUCAUGAUCGGGAAUAUGCAGACUUGUGUAUGCUGCCAGAGUUGACCGAACAAACUCUUCUGGAUAAUUUGAGAGAUCGCUUCAAUAGUGGUCAUAUCUACACGUACAUUGGGCCUAUCCUAGUAGCAGUGAACCCUUUCAGCUUUUUCCCCAUAUAUAAUCCAAAAUAUGCUCGACUUUAUUCUCAAAGUAGAAAACUCGGAACAUUACCACCUCAUAUUUUUGCGAUUGCCGACGUCACGUACCAUAACAUGCUGCGCAUCAAAGAGAGCCAAUGUGUGGUGAUAAGUGGAGAGAGUGGCUCUGGAAAAACCGAAUCCACUAACCAUUUGAUCUCUCAUUUGACGUAUCUCUCUCAGAAGGGCAGUAGCGCUUGCAGUUCCGAAACUACACUGCUUAACGCUGGCCCCGUGCUUGAGGUUUUCGGGAAUGCAGUCACUCUACAAAACAACAACAGCAGCAGAUUUGGGAAAUUUAUCAAGAUCAACUACAGAGAAAAUGGCAUGGUCUCAGGGGCAAAUGUGGAGAUAUAUCUGCUUGAGAAAUCACGGAUAAUAUCACAAGCAAAAGGAGAAAGGAACUACCAUGUUUUCUACUACUUAUUGGAAGGAGCCAACGAAGAAGAGCGUAAGAAAUAUUUUCUAUUGAAGCCGCAGGACUAUCGCUACCUUAACCAGCAUGAGCAGUUCUCUCCGGAAGGAGUGAACGAGAAGUACGAGUUUGAUCGUUUGCGACGUGCUAUGAACAGUGUCGGGUUCAACACCAGCACACAAUCGACAAUUUUCGGUCUAAUUUCUGCUGUCCUUCUGCUUGGAAAUAUCUCUUACAUCAGCAGACACGCGUAUCACAGUGAUGAAAAUGCGUAUAUCGAGAACGAGGAAGUUGUCGACUUAGUCGCUCAACUACUGAACAUACGUACCGAAGCUAUGAUGCAGGCACUCACAAUGAAACGACAUGUGAUGAAAGCGGAGACGGUCGUCACACGAUUCAGCGUUUCGGAGGCGAUAAAUACUAGAGAUGCGAUGGCGAAAUGUCUCUACAAUGCCUUGUUCCACUGGAUUGUUCUACGGAUCAACCAGGCUCUGAUGAGGAAGGACGUGUCUGGCAGCGUCGGAUACUACAUAGGAAUCCUGGACAUCUUCGGAUUCGAAGAUGUGGGCGCGCAAUGGAAUUCAUUCGAACAACUAUGCAUCAAUUACGCGAAUGAACAUCUUCAGGCGUACUUCAAUCAGCAUAUCUUCCAGUUUGAGCAGGAGGAAUAUCAGUCUCAAGGCAUAUGUUGGACCAAUAUCGAGUACACAGAUAACACCGAAUGUGUACAACUUUUUCAAAGUAAACCUUAUGGAUUACUGCGACUAAUCGACGAGGAGAGCAACAUCAACAACGGCACGGACGAGUCAAUGCUUGCAAAACUUAACCAAUUUCUCAAGACCAAUGAGUACUACGAAACGCCGCAACGCAGAGAACCAGCAUUUAUCAUAGCUCAUUACGCAGGAAAAGUAAAGUAUCAAAUCACGGGUUUUCGCGAAAAAAAUAAGGAUCUCAUGCGGCAAGAUGUGUUGAACACAUUGAAGACUAGUAAAUGCGCUCUGAUGAAGGCUGUACUGGCCAGUGAUCCUGUAGCGGUAUAUAGAUGGAGUUUAGUUCGUACAGUAUUCCGAGCGAUGCAAGCCUUCAAACAGUCUGGAAAGAAGCUCUGCCGAAGCGAAUCCGCUGGACAUCUCCGAGUGAUCGCCGAAAUCCCUGAGAUUCGACGCGGUUCCGAUUCCGCUCUCUCGCAAUUCCUUCGUGGUGAUCUACACAUCGAUAUGCCUGACUUCGUAGACACUAGCGUGUUCAAGACUAUCGUUAAUCAAGCUCGAAGGACACCGUCGAAAGGGGAAGAGCGGAUAAGCACCGUUCGAUGCCUGCAGAUAUUGAAGGAGACCGUUGGAAAGAGAAAAAUUUCCAACAAACCCACGACAGUGUCACGACAAUUCGAGUACUCGUUGAAUCGUCUUAUGAACACUUUGGCUCAUUCAUCACCGUAUUUCAUACGCUGCAUUAAAAGUAACAACGAUAAGAUCCCAAACCAUUUUGACGAUAAUAUUAUCCUUCGUCAGCUUCGUUACACAGGCAUGUUAGAGACUGUACGGAUUCGUAGGGCUGGGUACAGUGUGAGAAUCGAAUGGGACGCCUUCAUACAGCAAUACCGAGUAUUGCUUAAAAAUGGUCUCAACAGCACAAAAGAGGAUGUGAAACAGUUCAUUGACAGUCAUCCUUCCAUCGCUACGGAUAACGUCCAGUACGGUGUUAGUAAGAUCUACAUGAGGGAUGCAGAAAAGCUGGUACUCGAUGAUCAUCUCCAUAAAGUUAUCAUGCAGCACAUUGAAACCCUGCAACGCUGGUUCCGAACAGUGAUAGCAAGAAAACGAUACCUUCGUCUUAGGCAGGGUAUAAUAAAGAUACAGGCUUUGGUAAGAGGUGUAAUGCUGAGGAGCCGAUUAAGAAGACAAGCCUAUGCAGCUCUCGUUAUUCAGUCGAACUGGAGAAGGUAUCGCGAUGGGCAUCGCUACAAAAAGUUGAGAACUGCCAUCAUCGCUAUACAAGCGGCUUUCAGGGGUAACCAAGCCAGGAAGAGGAUAGGCGACAUUCCUAGAGGACAGAAUAAAGGGAAAAUACGAUUGAAGAAGGUUCAAGCAUUCAAACUACCGGUUUUUGAUCUCAACGAUCCAGAAUCAUUGGCGGCGUUCGCCAGCAGCGAUGAUGAACUUAGCAGUGAGGGCGAUGAGUCAACUGAAGAUGGUUUGGAUGAAGAAGUUUCGGAUACAAGUGUACUUGGUGAAAUAGACGAAGACGCGAUCGAGUUGGACGCAACCUUCAUUCUGGAAGACACUAAACUGAAACUCAUCGAGGAGCAAGACCUCUGCCAUCGUCGUCAAUCGCUGGCGCCAACCGCAUCGACUGCAAAGUUGAGAAUGUUACGACGUGCAAACAGCACGGAUAGUAAUAUAAUGGCACGCGGUGAGGACGGAUUCAAACCGCUUCAGCUCGAAAGUCCGACAACAAAGAAGAAAACGGGUAGUCGUAUGGGCUUUACAAAAGCUAAGAAGAACCUAAGGGCACUGUUCGGUCGACGGACCGACAGCACUAACGAAGAGGAUGCUGCGGACGUGGAGCAGCCAGCCAGUAAUGAAUUGACCCUCCCUCCUAUAUCCUAUGAGGAGCACCACCUCAAAAUCUCUCGGCUCCACAGGCAGGAAAUGUGUGCAGUAUGUAACAGGCAUCUAAGCGGCUUUAUUUCACAAGCUUACAAAUGUGCACAGUGUAAACUAUGUUUCCACAAGGAAUGCUCUUCGUUUGCAAAUUCACUUCCUUGCCAAAUUUCCUCACCGAUGAGAUCACCGUCAAGAUUCAAUUCACCACGUCGAGCAUGGGAUAUUGUGAGCAAACCGCGGCUGUCAACCUCACCGGCCCCUGGUCGCUCCAGCUUUUCAUUAACCUUCAAUUUGAACAAGACGAAACAACAGACAGAUCCAGGAAAUAUGAUAGUGGAGUCGACAGAAGAUUUGCGGCAAUUUAGUGUCUUUAUUUUCAAAAAGCAAUCAAAUCUCGAUCAUAAGAAUAACAAACGAGAUACCGUCGUGGAUGCGCUCUUCAAAAAAUCUUUGAGAGAGUUUCAUAUGGAGCUUAUCGGCUACGAGGCUGUACUGUCGGAAGAACGAGCGGUUUUGAAGUAUCGUGAUCUGAUUACGACGUUCGAAGGGGUGCUCACUAAAGUCUGCAAAGAAGAGAAAGUCACAUUCCCAACAACGUUAGGCGUCAAUGCCUUCAGAGGAUUCCUGAAUGAGUUUAUGCAGAGCCAAAAAAAGAAAGGUUCGAAGCAGAAGUCAAGUAUUAUUAAGAGCGUGCGUAAGAAACGCCGGCGUUCGGAUGUUACUGUGCUCCACGCAGGACAUCGCUUCAAGUCCGAUCUGGUACAUGUGCCGACAUAUUGCGAAGUGUGUAAUCAGUUCAUGUGGCAUGCCGAAAAGAUAUUCAUCUGCGUCGCUUGCCGCAUCUCGUGCCAUAAGAAAUGUCAUUCGAAGAUCGUACAGAUGUGCACAAUGAGUGCCAUUCCAACUGUGAGCACAGGGAAUUCCGGGCGAUUUUUUGGUGCAGUGCUUGCGACGCUUGUAGACGAGGACCACAUAAUUCCCCCACUUGUCGAUCGGUUAUUUAUGAACGUCGAGACAAGGGCAUUGUUUGUUGAAGGGAUUUACAGGAAGAGUGGUUCUCUCGCGCAAGUUCGAAGUAUUCGGAGGAAAAUAGAAACUGCACCAGAUUUCGACACUGUAUGCUUGGACGAUGUGCAGGUACAUGUGCUAACCACUUUGGUGAAGUCAUUCCUGAGGGAAAUGCCGGAGCCUCUGAUUACAUUCGAUUUGUAUGAGAACUUCUUGAAUGUUUCUGAAGUGGAUGACGGAUUGGAAAGGCAGCGAUGUUUAGCAGUAAUGAUUGAUUUACUUCCAAAGUCAAAUCGAGGACUUUUGGACAGGCUUAUGUUUCACUUGGCCAGGGUCGCUUAUCAGGAAGCAGUGAAUAAAAUGGGGCCAUCAAAUUUGGCUCUCAUUUUUGGACCCUGUAUUUUAAGGAGGCAAGAUAGUGUACAUGCUCAAGAGCAGCUUAACGACGUCUCGAGACAGGCCAUCUGCGUACAGACCUUGAUCGAGGAGAAGUUGAAGCAGUACAAAGCGACCAUGAUAAACAUUGUUGAAUUAGAAGACGCUAGCCAGAAGGUAACUGCAAAUUUGCAACGAAUAGAAGAGCAUCAGCGGCUGGAAACAGUAGCGCAGAAUAUUGGAACUGCCAAGCAGCUUUUCGAAGAGCAGCUCGACUUCCUUGGGAGACAGAAGGAGAGAUUGUUACAAGAACUACCGCCUUUGGCACCGGUCGCAUCUUCAGAGGAUCUCUCCUCAUCGGACGAAAAUUCAUCAGGAACCACUCAAGAGGAGUACGCUAUCGACAUGAAUGCUCCUCCAGUGUUCGGCGUACUCUACCAUGCGUGUAAAUCUAGAGCAAAACCUCCGCCGGGCAGGAAACCGCCGUCUCGGUAUCGUCGGAACCCCAAUGUGCUCUUCUAUACCCCACUGCCCGAGUAG